AAGAAGCCGUGUGGGUCCACGCUAGUGUCAAUGCAGGGUCCAAACGCCCCCACGGCCCCCCCUCCGCUCCACUCCCCCAGCCCGGCUUCACCAGAUUGGACGCAUCCUCAUGGCCAGGUUCCUUCCACCUCUUGGCCUCCCCUAUAUAAGCCAUGGGGGUCCGACCUGGUCCAAGCCUGCUGGGGGAGGACUUAGCUGGCACCUUCAUUGACUCUUGUAAGCCACCACAGGGUAUGGAGCACGUGCGCAGCACCAUGACAGAGUUCUGGAAGGAGCACUCCAAGGAGGCCACGGUGGAGGAGAUGAUGCUGGACUCGCGUGCCCUGGAGCUGACUCAGCAGGAGCUGCCUGAGAUCCUGUCCAUACUUCCCAGUCUGGAUGGGUGCCGCGUGCUGGAACUCGGGGCCGGCAUCGGUCGAUAUACCAGCCACCUGCUGACACGAGCGGCCCACGUGACCGCCGUGGACUUCAUGGAGAGUUUUGUGGAGAAGAACCAGCAAAGCAACGGUCACCACGGUAACGUCACCUUCCUUCAAGCUGACGUCACCAAGAUGGAGGUCCCCCCAAACAGUGUGGACUUCAUCUUCUCCAACUGGCUGCUGAUGUACCUCAGCGACGACGAGCUGCUUCUCUUGCUGAGCAAAAUGCUGACGUGGCUGCGGCCUGGCGGUUCGCUCUUCUUCAGGGAGUCCUGCAACCAUCGCUCAGGCGACUGCAAACGGGAGUUCAACCCCACACAUUACCGCACGGAGGCCCAGUACAACCACCUGACCAGGUCGGUCCAAGUGGAGGACCAGAAGGCGGGUCUGUGCUUUGGUUUGGACAUCGUGCUGAGAAAGAGGAUUCAAACCUACAUCGAGGUGAAGAACAACCCAAACCAGAUCUGCUGGCUUCUGGAGAAGGUCCCACGCCCUUCAGACACCAAGGACACGUUCAGCUCCUUCCAGCAGUUCCUGGACAACCAGCAGUACACCAGGAGGGGCAUCCUGCGCUACGAGAAGAUGUUUGGCUCGGGUUAUGUCAGCACUGGAGGACCUGCCACCACCAAGGAGUUCGUAGACCUGCUCAACCUGCAGCCCGGCCAGAAGGUUGUGGAUGUGGGCUGUGGGAUCGGCGGAGGGGACUUCUACAUGGCGAAGACGUUCAAGGUGAAGGUGCUGGGCUUGGACCUGUCGGAGAACAUGGUAGACAUCGCCAUGGAGCGGGCGCUAGCGGAGAGGCUGCCGUCGGUGGAAUUCGAGGUGUCUGACGCCACAAAGAGGAUGUUCCCCGAGGGUUCCUUUGACGUCAUCUACAGCAGGGACACCAUCCUGCACAUCGCAGACAAGCUGGCCCUCUUCAAACGCUUCCAUGCGUGGUUGAAGCCUGGCGGCCAGCUGCUCAUCACGGACUACUGCUGUGGGGACAGGCCGUGGACCCCCCAGUUUGAGGCCUACGUCAAGCAGCGAGGCUACAUCCUCCACACGCCGUCACAGUAUGGACAGUUCAUUCAGGAUGCCGGCUUCUGCAGCGUUCAGGCACAGGACCGGACAGCCCAGUUCAUCCAGGUCAUCAGGGAAGAGCUGCAGAGAGCCGAUGCGGCCAGGAGUGAAUUUAUCCAGGAGUUCUCUGAGGAGGACUUCAACGAGAUAGUGAACGGUUGGAGGGAAAAACUGGAGCGCUCCAGCAGCGGGGACCAGCGAUGGGGCCUCUUUCACGCCAGACGGAACUAAGUGGUCUCCUCAUAAAGGGGCGGGGGAGUCAGUGGGAGUUUGGAGUGGUGUCCACUUUCCUUUCCACGCUGUCACUGAUCUGAAGACGGGCCCUCACGUCCUCAUCACGGGGGCGUUGGAAGGAGCCUACCCUAGGCUGCAACCGCAGUAGUAGCACUACUUAUCAGGGGUCGUACCGUGCCGGCUGUGAGAGCAUUCAUAGCUGCAAUAAAAGCCUGUUGCUCUGGCUAGCAA